AUGUACAAGUUCUUGGUGUCGGACUUUAUGAAUCCGUUUGCUCUGGCUUCCGGAGGCGUCGCCAGCGGUGAGGCCUUUACAUUUGCCCAAUUAAUAGCGGGGAGUUGCGGCAUCCUACUCACCCAGUUAUUUUUCUCGUGGAGGGUUUGGAUGAUUUCCAGAAGGUCCUUUCGCGUCCCACUGAGAGUUAUCAUCUCAACUCUGACCGUGAUAUUAGCCCUGUUUUCUUUCGGAUAUUAUAUUGGUGAGAACAAUGUCUGCGACCCGCCGAAGAAGAUACUCAAAUAUUCUCUGGCCGUAGAUCUGGCCGUUAAGGGUUUCAACCGUGUAAACACACCCGACUUUACCCUCGCGUAUACGCUCGCUGCUUCAAGUCGAGUACUAUUCGACAUAGCCAUCACGUUUGCCAUGACCAUCACCCUCUAUCGUUCAAGAUCAGGAGUCAAGCAAAUGGACCACGUUAUUACUCUCGUUAUCAUAUUCAUAGUCAACACAAAUCUACUCACCACGCUGCUCUCGAUUUCCGAGCUUGUCACUUUCUUCGCUUUCCCGGAAUCCACUAUAUACGGCGGACUUGGGUUUCUAACCCCAAAAUUAUACUGUAACGCUCUGCUAGCAUCGCUCAACUCGCGGCAAUUCAUCCGGAAUGAGCUCAACCCUGCUGGUGCUACUGAGCUCUCAGCUUCGGAGCCGACGCUAUACACGGGUCGUCAAGGCAUGGGGGGUUUCAGUGCCGCGCGCGUUUUCGUGAAGGGAACAAUCAGAGAGCCAGUGCGAUCGGGCGGCGGUGUAGAGGCUGCGGCACAGGACUCGUAUGAGAUGACUACGCAGUCUGUAAAUAAACUCCCGUACCUGGGGGAUGAUAUGUAG